AUGGAACUCCCACCAGGCAGAUGGGCCGAGUAUGCUAUAUCCCUUCCAUGGGAUGCCGCGAGACGCGGCACCCACAUCCGAACCGAUAUCCUCACAAUCCUCCGUGGCCAUGAACUUCAACGCGAGCUAGUGGUUAGAACGACCAUCUCCUGGAAUGCGCGCCGCUUUGAUAUGGAAACCGGACAGAACAGCACCCGCGCAGAGGCGGUCUUAAUUUUUAUGACCGGAAACUUGAUGGAUGUCCCAUGCACUUAUUGCCAAGAGGGGAGGGGGAUUUUCCCCUAUGCGUUCGAAGCCGGGAACGUGGCACCCCAGGAGCGUGCGCUAACUGCUGGUGGCCAACUCCUGCUCGCAGAUGCUCACUAG